GUUUUUUUUCUUAGCAAAACGUUAAAGAUGCGCACAAGUAUUAUUUAUGCACAAGUAUUUUUAUUACUUUCCUACUUAACUCUGGCAAAUGCAGUAAAAGUUGACGUUAAGGAGACUGCAGCAAUAGAAAUUGGAUUCAAUUUAUCGAAACCAAACAGCGCGAUUCAGUUCUCCGAUACCACUUUUUGUUUUCGGACCAUAGGUAGCACACUUGAAGCACCUUUUCCUUCAGAACAAUUGCUAUGUUCAUUUAACAAGGGUUCCUCCUUUGUUACAGUAAAUUCUGACUUAUCGUUUUGUGGAAGUAGAGGCAUUGUGUUGAAUGGCCAGUUGUACUGCCCGCACAAAAAGGUUAUUGGUAAAGACAGUAGCUUUCUAGGGUACUCAACUAUUGUUUUCACACCCAAAAAUGAAAUUAUUGAGAGUAAAAUUUCAUCUCAAGAGGUUUCUUUCCAGAUGAAGCCGAAUAUUGUACCAAAUGAAAUAAAAUUUAACGGUGGUGUGCAAUAUAUUUCGUCUGAGGGAUAUUAUCUUAUGGCAGCUACUGUGAUAGAUGUUAGUAACCUUGAAAGUCCAUAUCUUUUCAAGUCCGUGAAUGGAUUUAACUGGACUAUGAUAGAUCUAUUGCCACUGAAUCAACCGGAUGAAAUGUAUCUUCAAUGUGACUCAAAAAUUACUAUUGUCGCAAAGAAUAAUAGUAACUAUUAUAAGGUUAUCUCAGAGGACAUGGGACAGUCGUGGUCAGGAGUGAAGUACCUUAAUACUGUCUCCCCACCCUUUUCUAUUAUGCUUCCAUCUAAUGUCGUAAUGCAAUAUGCCUUGUCCAACCACACACUCGGAGAAGUCACAUUUUUAUCUCCGUUACCACCUAAAAAUGUAUCAAACAGUUUUCUUCGACUAAACAAUUUAAAUCAAUCUUUAGAUAAGAUCAAUAAUACCGAGAAAGACAUUGUGACUUCAUACUAUGCUGUAUCUAUGCAAGUGAGCUCAGCACCACUUCAGUUUAUUAUGAUUCACGAUGAAGUUAUUCAGGAUAAGUUCCUCUUACGUACAACACUUAUUGAGAUUGAUGAUUCAGAAGAGAAACAAUAUUUAGAUGAACAAAAUAUUGAAGCAGCUAAAAAAAGGGAAAAAGAAAAGCUUUUAAAGGAAAAAGCAAGGCAGGAAAAUCUAAGGACGAAAUGGAGAAUACAAAAUAAAAUUCGUAAGGCAGACGAAGAGCGGCACCGUAAGUUUGCUGAUUUUGAUCGUCUUUACAUCAAGCGUGCUUUGGAGAAUAUGAAACACGAUAAUGAAUUUAUUGUUGUGAGACAGGUUAAACCAGAGUUUAUUGAUUUUGAAAGUGAGGCGCUUUAACAAUUUUCAUUCUCAGCCUGAAUAAUCGCUUACACAGUUUUUUUUAAUACUCGUUCCAAGAAUAUUUUGAGAGUAGAUUGAAA